UUGAUUUCUUGCGGUGGCGAUGCCGAGUGCACCCUCACUCGCCCCUCGUGCUCGCACCGAGUGAGACUCCGCCGCUUUUUCGGUGCGUUCGGGGCCGAAAUCCGCGCGGGUCAGAUUAUGCGAGAAUGCUCAGCGCGGCCUAACCGUGGCUAGAGACUCCUUAGUCAAAUUAGCCUACGUCAGCUCAGUGCGCAAUGUGCAAAGUGUAGUUUGGAAGCGAAGUGCCGCCACUGCCGCCAUGAGUGAUCAAGAUAAUGUGGCGUUUCUGACAGGAGGUGACAGCCAGAGCAGCAAUAAAAGGAGCUUAUACGAGAGAAAUGGGGUGGCGGUUUGCUCUCAGAAGAAAGCUUUGAUAAUAGCAACUUCAGUUUUCGCUUGCUUAUUCGCAUUUUCUGUUUUGAUCGCGUUCAUCAGUCAAACAGAUUGUCCUUGUCUGGGACAGGGAGAUGACGAAGAUGACUUCGACGAUUCUGGAAACACAAUGCCGCGCCAGCCAAAGGCUUCAAAUGGGGAACCGUACCCGUGGAACAGCCUGCGGCUUCCGGAUUUCGUGCGACCCCUGCGCUACAACCUCACCAUUCAUCCCAAUCUCACCACAUUCUACGUGAAAGGUCAAGUGAGCAUUGAAUUUACCGUCGACAAGGAAACGGAGUUCAUAGUACUUCACAGCAAGAACAUCACCAUUACAGACAAGACGCUGGAGGAGAGUAAUGGACAAAUUAUGAACAUCACGGAAAUGCUAGAGUUCAUUCCGGGGCAGCAAAUCUACUUUGAGUCGCUGCAGCCCUUUUUGAAGAACCACAAUUACACUCUGAAACUACGAUUCAUCUACCGGCUGAGCACCGAGCUGGAAGGAUUCUACGUCAGCAGCUACAACACUCCAGAGGGAGAUAAGAGGGUCCUCGCGACGACGCAUUUCGAAGCGACCUACGCCCGGGCCGCCUUCCCCUGCUUUGACGAGCCGCACUUUAAAGCCCGGUUCAAAAUUUCCAUAUUCAGAGAUCGCUUCCACAUCUCGCUUACCAACAUGCCGGUGGCAAACACCGAGGACGCCGGCUUCUACAUGGGCACGGGCCUGCUGCGAGACGAUUUCGAAGAGUCGGUUCCGAUGAGCACGUAUCUGGUCGCCUUCGUUGUGUGCGACUACCACAAAAAGAGCAUGGUCACCCAGAAUCAGAUAUCCGUCUCAGUUUACGCUCCGCAACAUCAACUUAACAGGGCAGAAUUCGCUUUGGAAACAGCGACAACUUUGAUGGAUUUCUUUGAGAAUUUCUUCAACGUUUCUUAUUCCCUCCCGAAACAAGAUCUCAUUGCGAUUCCUGAUUUUGCUGCCGGGGCUAUGGAGAACUGGGGGCUCAUCACCUACCGCGAGUCCUCCAUUCUUUACGACCCUCUUGAAACUUCAUCUGCAGCUCACCAAUGGGUCGCAAUCGUGAUUGCCCACGAACUUGCUCAUCAGUGGUUUGGAAAUCUCGUCACUAUGAGGUGGUGGUCCGACUUGUGGCUCAACGAGGGCUUUGCCAGCUUCCUCGAGUAUGUGGGGGUUGCAUACGUGCGACCGGACUGGGCAAUGCUUGAGCAAUUCGUGGUAGAUAAGACGCAGCCGGCUUUGGCGCUUGACGCUCUGGCAUCGAGCCAUCCUAUCUCCGUCGAGGUGCGAGACCCCUCAGAGAUUGAAGCAAUCUUCGACGCGAUCAGCUACUCAAAGGGCGCUGCGAUUAUUGCCAUGCUGGAAGGAUUUUUGGGACGAGACACAUUAAGGAGCGGCCUGCAGCUCUAUCUCCUGACCCACGAAUAUCAAAAUGCCGACACUUCUGACCUGUGGAAAGCACUGAGUGACAGCUCUCCCGCGGCCCUUCAUGUGAAGAGCGUUAUGGACACCUGGACGUUGCAAAUGGGAUUUCCUCUUGUUACCAUUGAGCGAAACGGAACUGAAAUCUUCGCUAGGCAGGACAGGUUCUUGAUGUCCUCAUCAAAUGACACGUCAAACCUGCCCACUUCCAAAUUCAACUACAAAUGGUAUAUUCCUCUGAGCUAUAGGACCAACAGGCCGGAGGACGGCGUCAAACAAGUCUGGAUGAACAUGACUGAUGUGGUUUUCAAUCUGCCUGAAGAUACUGUUUGGUUCAAAGCCAACGUUAACCAGUCUGGAUUCUACAGAGUGAACUACGACAAGGAAAAUUGGAAUGCUCUUGUGGCGGCUUUAAUCAACAACACCCACGUCUUCAGUCCAGCCGACAGAGCUAGUUUGCUAGAUGACGCGUUUACACUGUGCAGAUCUGGGGUACUAGGCCCCGAACUUCCUUUAGAACUUUCCCUUUACCUGAAGAACGAGCAGCACUACGCUCCGUGGGUGACCGCUUUGGAAAGCAUGCAGAACUGGGCUCGGCGCUUGCAAGAGUCAGCGGCUUACAAACUUUUCCUACAACACAUGCAAGGAAUUCUCAACCCUGCCGCUACACGAAUAGGUUGGAACGAGACUGGAACGCAUCUCCAAAAACUUUUGAGAAGUGAAAUUCUGUCUGCCGCUGUAAUGUUUGGCGAGUCAACAACCGUCCGUCAGGCGAGGAGGAUUUUUUCCGACUGGAUGAAUAACAACAAAACCGUGUCUCCCAACCUGAGAGAGGUUGUGUACACAGCCGGAAUUAAAUACGGAGGAGAACAGGAAUGGGAAUUCUGCUGGUCGCGAUACAACACCACUGUGGUCCCAAGCGAGCGCCGCCUUUUGCUCAAAGCACUCGGUCUCGCCUCCGACCCCUGGCUGCUGCAGCGAUUCCUCCAAGCCUCCCUGGACCGCAACCUGGUCAAACCGCAAGACCUGAAACUCGUGUUCGCCGUGGUCGCCUCGAAUCCCGAGGGUCGCCUGCUGGCCUGGCGCCACGUGCGCGCCAACUGGAGGCGCCUCCAGAAUUCGCUUGGAAACAGCACGGCCGCUUUGGGAGGUCUGGUGGGAACCGUCACUUCCCACUUUUCAUCCCCCUACGACGUGGAAGAGGUGUCGCAGUUCCUGAAAGCCCUUCCGAGGCGCUGGGGCCAGCACAGAAUCAUGCGCCAGAGCCUGGAGAACAUCCAACUGAACGCCAAAUGGGUCCGAUCCAACGAGCGCCUGAUUGCCACGUGGCUAAAAGAACACCCCAUUUAACUAACAUCGGUGCUCAGGCAGAUCCGGCCUGGGUAUGGGUAGACCCUAUCAAAAUAUGUGUAGAUCAGAGUGGCAG